CAAGGGACCCUAGUUCCCCAGCCGUCUAAAUCCCUGGUCCCGCUUCCCGGCCUGCCUCCUUCCAGGGGCUCCCUGGCCAGGGGCAGACAACUGCGUCCUGACCCCAGCCCCCUCCUCCACCCCACGCCCUUCUCUCCUCCACCUCCCUCUUGCCUCUUACAGAGGAGAGGCGAGUAGGUAAAGCCAGUCCCUCUUGCAGGGAGAUGCAAGUGGAAUUUAGAACAAGUCUGCAAAUCUGAUCAUCUCACACACAUGCUCUACUUAAAAUUCUUCAACAGCUUCCCCUGCACUUGGGGUCAAGCCCAAAUUCCAUCCCAUUGACUACAGAAGUCUGGCUCCUCCUCCAGCCCCCUCUCCUGCCCCUCUCGCUGAGUUCCAGCCACCCUACCCUUCUGAAGGGCGCCUUUCUGAGGUCCUCCAAUGCCCCAUGCACUCUCCUGCCACCGCCUCUUUGCCCAGGCUGUUUCCUCCCCCUGGACUGCCCUUUCCUGCCCCUCCACACUGCAGGUCUCAGCCCAAAUGCCACGUCCUUAGAGAAGCCCUUCCCAACCACGCCAGGCCAGGACAGAUCCCCCGUUACGUGCCUCCUGAGGCCCCUGCAUCUGUCCUUCAUAACACUUUAAUUAUGCAUGUGUUUGUUUGAUUAUGCAAUUAAUAUGUGUCUUUCCUAUUAGACCGUGUUUGUUUUGCUCACCAUUAAAUCCCCAGUGCCUAGCACAGACAUGGCUCGCAAACUGCUCAUUAAAUCAAUGAAUGAAUGAAUGAAAGCUACUUUCUCAAACUCUCUGAAUAAAUGCUAGUGAGUCUGGCUGAAGAGCUGUGCCCUGGGAGUAUAAAGAGCUGAGAAGGACUUUUAUUCAUCCAUUCAGUCCCUGAGCCCCGUGGGGCCCGGGUGUGAUGCUGGGGAAACCAGGGCAAGAUCCAGCCUCUGCCAUUUGGGGCUCCCCAGAUUGGCAGAGACACCCUGGUACGUGAAAAGCGUCACAAGUCAGCACCUGGCACUGAUUAAAUGGGACCUGUUGGCUGGCUUCGGGGAUGAGAAAACACCUGGACUGGCCUUUGACGUAUAAGUAGGAGUUCGUCAGGCUGAUGGGGAGAGGGCCUGAAGGUGCCUGGUUUGUUCAGAGCCUCGUCAGCAGUUGAGGGCUUCAAGUGGAGGAUGAUCGUAGGGCAUGAAAGUGGAGCGGUGCUCAGGGACCGUCCUCUGGCUCUUGCUAAGGCCAGUCAGCUUUCCAGGGAGUUUUGGCUGGCAGCAGGGCCGAGGCAGACCCGCUCCAGAGUGCCCUGUGUGCUUGCACGAGUGGAGGCUGGGGAGGCUGAGCAGUGCUGAGGCGCGGGGAUCGGGACGCUGGACAGGGAAAGGAGGAAGGUCUAGAUGCAAACCUCCGGGCUGGCUUGCAGGAAGCCCAGAUUUUCUCUGAUCUAGACAGAGUAAUCCCUCGUCCUUCGCUACUUUCCCCUCCGUACCUGUGGCUGAGGGUGAUCCCCCCACAACUGAGCAAAGCAGGGACUUGACAAGAUAGAGCUCAAGUAGCUUCAGGGCCUCGGUCAGCAACCCAGUGGCAGAGCCUAGCACGGCUGACUCCCGGCCCGGGCUGUGAGAUGGCCGGGCUGGGGACCAGGCGAGGGUACAGAAGGAGGGACUAUGCUGUCGCUAAUGGAGUAGCCAAGAACACAGGCUUUGGAGAAAGACACACCCAAGGCCUGUCCACCCAUUCACCAUGUGACUUUGAAUGAGUCACUCCCCCUACCCCAGACUCAGUCUGUUCAUCCAUAAACACGGCCCUCCAAGUGCCCACUUCCUAAGGUCCUUGAAGAUUAAGGAAGAAACUGAGCGCAUGAAGUGUUCAGCCUGUGGCUUAUUCACUUUAUUUUCCCAUAUAAGGUACUUAACCCUUAAGCUGCAAGGUAGAAAUCGUCAUUCCCUUUUGUAGGUGAGGAAACUGAGGCCAGAAGGGGCAAAGCUGGAGAGUGGGCAAGUAGCUUAGCCAGGAUUUGAACCCGUGUGAGUUGGGGUUUUUAAGCCCCCAACAAAGAAAAAGGAGAGACCAGCCCCAGCCUGGUUCUCCAGCCCUCUCUGAGACCUGCAGGCCUGGGAAAAGGCCUUUGGUGCAGGAGAACUUCAGAGAGACAGGGAAGAGCUGUGAUACAUCUGCCCAAAUGUCCGAUGAGAUGGCUGUCUAAGGCCCCUCAGCCCUGUCUCCACCCAGCAGGGGGGCUCUGCACAGGCCUCCCCACCCCCCACAUCCUGAAAAGAUGAGCAAAGCCAGCUGCUGAUUCACCGCUUCCAGCUGCAUCCACCAAGCCUUCAUCCUCUUGACAGUGUGAGCCAAACCCCACCCCCAUCUCCUGGGUCCACAGUCUGUCCUCGAUGGGAGGGCCGACUGAGUAAGUCCCUAUAUGAUAAGAAGGGGAAACGGAGGCUCAGAGGCAGAGAGGAUCAUGACAAGGCCACACAGCAACACAGUGACAGAACCAACCCACGAAACCAGGUCUCCUGACACCAGUUCCAUGCUCACGUCCAGAGUCCUGUAUGCAGUGGAGCCAAGCAUUGCACCAGGCCUGGGGACCUUCCCUUUCCUCAUAGCAACCUCUCAGUGUUCCCACUGCUGUCCUGACUUCCUGUAUUCCUCCUCCAUCACCUGCACCCAGAGCUCCCACCCUCGUACUCUCAAGGCCACCUCCAGAAAGGAACGAGGAAGAAGUUUCCACCUCUUUGCAAACGUUUGUCCAAUGCAUACUUUCCUUUGAGAGGUGGUGCCAUGUGUGGUUAAGGAGGUAAUUGGAGCCAGACUGCCUGGGCCCCAGCCCAGCCCUGCUGCUAUGAGCUCUCUGACCUUGGCACAUUGCAGCUGUCCUUGGUACCCCUCGGUGGGGGGUUGAUUCUAGGACCUCCCCGGGAUACCAAAAUCCAAGGCUGCUCAAGUCCCUGAUAUGCAAUGACAUAAUAUUAGCAUAUAACCUACUCAUAUCGCCCUGAAUACUUUACAUCAUCUGUAGAUGACUUAUCAAACCUAAUACAGUGUAAUGCUGUGUAAAUAGUUGUUAUACUGUAUUGUUUAGGGAAUAGUGACAAGAAAAAAACCCGUACAUGUUCAGUACAGACACGGUUUUUUUCAAAUAUUUUUAAUCCUUGGUUGGUUGAAUCCAUGGAGACGGAACCUGUGGAUAGGGAAGGCUGACAGUAUUUACCCUCUCUGUGCCUCAGUUUCCUUAUCUGUUGAGUGAGGUUAUUACCAGGACCUGACUCAAAGGGUUGUGGUGACGAUUUGAUGAGUUAGCAUGUGUCAAGCCCCUAGAAUAGUACUCCUCUCCCGGCACGUGCUUGACUUUUAUUAUAAGUCUCUGAUAUUUCCACCACCUCGAGUAUACCUUCUACACAGAUACUACGAGCCCCUGCCCCGAACCCCAGAAGACUUCUUGGCAACCUGACAUCCUAGUUUAUCACCCCGUAGUCGGGAGCGAGGGGGUUGUCAUUAGCCCACCUCCUACCCUAGGAAUAUGAGCUUGGGCUUUUAAAAGCCACCUGUCCCCUUUCCAGCCGCGUCCCGCCCGGGUGUACGUGCCGUGUGUGUGUGCCUACGCACACGCUCGUGCCAUGCUCUCCUGCUCUUCGGGGAGAAGGGACUCCACCACGGUUUCAGUUAAUUCACUUCUUCCCGGUCCCCCCCGCCCCAGGGAGCCGCUCGGAGCAUCCGUCCUUGUCGGAUUCCAAAGGUAGCUUAGCAACAGCACCAUCCGCGGCCUGAACCCCAGGCGCCCAGCGGUAACCUAUUUUACAGCCGCCUCCUCCAUCACACCCGCCAGGCUCCUGUCGGCACCCACAGGAACCACGGGGCCCCGAGGUUGUCCCCGAGGCCCCAGACAGCUCCCGCCUCAGUCCUGCCCCCGACAGCAGCCCCAGCCCACCUCUCCCCUGCACCUUCCCACAACACCCACCCUCAAAGCAACCUCCCAGCAUUUCCAUAAAAUCUGGGUACUUUGACUAAUCCCUUUUCCGAACUAUAAUUUCCCCCGAGGCUUCUGUCAGCUGGAUGUGGAUUUUGUAGGAUUUUUAAUUUUUUUUUUUUAAAAAAAGAUAGAAUUAUGGGGUCAGCACUUAUGACCAACUCCUGUGGGCGGUGAGAUCUAUUUUAGAUAUACGGCAGGAUUAAAGUGGGGAGGAGAGCACAUUUAAUUAAGUUGCUAAUAUUUAAAGAAAAUUGAUGAACUCCUGGUUUACGAGUAGCACAGGCGUGAACAGACCCCUCAUUCCGGGGGAGGCUUUUUAUUUGAUUUGCUUCCCGUUUAAAUCCUGGACUCAUUUUAUUUGCGUAGCCGCACUGUCCGUUUAAUUGUCUUUAAUAAGGGAAACGUAACUCUGCUCGAAUUUAAUUUUGAUUUAAUUAGGAGGAAGUAAUUAAUGGCCUCGUAAAUCCCAUUUUUCAGCCCCCUGGGAUGAGAAACCAUCACUCUUGUGUUUUUCAUGUUGUUUAUGAUCAAGGGAUGGGGCUUGUGGGGAGGAUUUCUCCUCCGGGGCUGGCCACACUUGAUGUGGCAGUAAGAACCCCGGAUGUUGUGUCAGCCGGGCCUCGGGGCUGCCUCCCGCUAGCCGUGUGGCUCCAGGUAGGGUUAGGGCCGUCUCCACAUGCAGCUCUCGGAUCUGAGUAACCUCUGACGCGCAGGGUCUUGGCGAGGCAUGGCUGAGAUGGCAGUAAGGGGUCCGGAACCGUGCCUGAUCCAUUCGGACUCAGACGAGGGUGACGGGGCCAUCAAGUACACCAUCUCAGGCGAGGGCGCGGGGACCAUCUUCCUGAUCGACGAGCUGACCGGUGACAUCCAUGCCAUGGAGCGCCUGGACCGGGAGCAGAAAACCUUCUACACGCUGCGGGCCCAGGCUCGGGAUCGCGCUACCAACCGCCUGCUGGAGCCCGAGUCGGAGUUCAUCAUCAAGGUGCAGGACAUCAACGACAGCGAGCCCCGCUUCCUGCACGGCCCCUACAUCGGCAGCGUGGCCGAGCUGUCGCCCACAGGCACGUCGGUGAUGCAGGUGAUGGCCUCGGAUGCGGAUGACCCCACCUACGGCAGCAGCGCUCGGCUGGUGUACAGCCUGCUGGACGGCGAGCACCACUUCACCGUGGACCCCAAGACCGGCGUGAUCCGGACGGCUGUGCCUGACCUCGACCGAGAGAGCCAGGAGCGCUACGAGGUGGUGAUCCAGGCCACAGACAUGGCGGGUCAGCUGGGUGGCCUCUCGGGCUCCACUACCGUCACCAUCGUGGUCACCGACGUCAACGACAACCCACCUCGUUUCCCGCAGAAGAUGUACCAGUUCAGCGUCCAGGAGUCAGCCCCCGUCGGCACGGCCGUGGGACGAGUGAAGGCCGAGGACUCGGACGUGGGCGAGAACACAGACAUGACUUACCACCUUAAGGAGGAGAGCGGCAGCGGCGGCGAUGUGUUCAAGGUCACCACGGACAGCGACACUCAGGAGGCCAUCAUCGUAGUGCAGAAGCGCCUGGACUUCGAGUCCCAGCCCGUGCACACCGUGGUCCUGGAGGCCCUCAACAAGUUCGUGGACCCGCGCUUCGCCGACCUGGGCACGUUCCGCGACCAGGCGAUCGUGCGUGUGGCCGUGACCGACGUGGACGAGCCCCCCGAGUUCCGGCCGCCCUCCGGCCUCCUGGAGGUGCAGGAGGACGCGCAGGUGGGCUCCCUGGUCGGCGUGGUGACGGCGCGGGACCCCGACGCCGCCAACCGGCCCGUCCGGUACGCCAUUGACCGCGAAUCGGACUUGGACCAGAUCUUCGAUAUCGACGCGGACACGGGCGCCAUCGUGACGGGCAAGGGGCUGGACCGCGAGACGGCCGGCUGGCACAACAUCACGGUGCUGGCCAUGGAGGCGGACAAUCAUGCCCAGCUGUCCCGGGCGUCCCUCAGGAUCCGAAUCCUGGACGUGAAUGACAAUCCCCCAGAGCUGGCCACACCCUACGAGGCGGCUGUGUGUGAGGACGCCAAGCCAGGCCAGCUCAUCCAGACCAUCAGCGUGGUGGACCGGGACGAGCCCCAGGGCGGGCACCGCUUCUACUUCCGCCUGGUGCCCGAGGCUCCCAGCAACCCUCACUUCUCUCUGCUCGACAUCCAAGACAACACGGCCGCAGUGCACACGCAGCACGUGGGCUUCAACCGGCAGGAGCAGGACGUGUUCUUCCUGCCCAUCCUGGUGGUGGACAGCGGGCCGCCCACGCUGAGCAGCACGGGCACCCUCACCAUCCGCAUCUGCGGCUGCGACAGCUCCGGUGCCAUCCAGUCCUGCAACACCACCGCCUUCGUCAUGGCCACCUCCCUCAGCCCCGGCGCCCUCAUCGCCCUCUUGGUCUGCGUCCUCAUCCUGGUCGUGCUGGUGCUGCUGAUCCUCACCCUCAGGCGCCACCACAAGAGCCACCUGAGCUCGGACGAGGACGAGGACAUGCGGGACAACGUCAUCAAGUACAACGACGAGGGCGGCGGCGAGCAGGACACCGAAGCCUACGACAUGUCGGCGCUGCGGAGCCUCUACGACUUCGGCGAGCUCAAGGGCGGCGACGGCGGCGGGGGCGCGGGCGGGGGCGCGGGCGCGGGCGCGGGGAGCCCCCCGCAGGCCCACCUGCCCUCGGAGCGCCACUCGCUCCCGCAGGGGCCGCCGAGCCCCGAGCCGGACUUCUCGGUGUUCAGGGACUUCAUCAGCCGCAAGGUGGCGCUGGCGGACGGGGACCUGUCGGUGCCGCCCUACGACGCCUUCCAGACCUACGCCUUCGAGGGCGCGGACUCGCCCGCCGCCUCGCUCAGCUCGCUGCACAGCGGCUCGUCGGGCUCCGAGCAGGACUUCGCCUAUCUCGGCGGCUGGGGCCCGCGCUUCCGGGCCCUGGCCGCGCUCUACGCCGGCCACCGCGGGGACGACGAGGCGCAGGCCUCCUAGCCCCACCCUGCCGUCGGGGGCCGCCGCCCGGACCAGGGACCUGGCAUUUCCCGCCCGCCCCUUCCCCAGCCCCUCGCCCUCCCUGGCGGCCGGACGCGAGGGGCCUUGCUAGCGGCGGACUCUUCGACCCCUCCCCUGGGGUGCAGCUUCGGGGCCCAGAGGUGCAGUUACCACCAACGUCAUUAAAACUGAGGCCAGACCCGGCACUGCGUGGCUCUGGGGUUGGAGGGCAGAUGCGGUGGGUGGCUGCGUCGGAGGGGCGGUCGCUCCACCCGCGCUGCGGGGAGGAUGCCGCGAGCUGCCCCCACCCCAGGCUUCCCCCCAUCCGAGCUAAGUGGAAGGAAGGGCUGUGCAUUUACUGAGUGCCUACUGUGUGCUGGGACGCUGAACGGAGACCAUCAUCUUAGUCGUCAUAGAAACCAGGAGGUGGGGUCCUGCACGGAACAGAUGGGGAAAGCCCCCCCCACCGCCCAGAAUUGGCUGUGACCUGUCCAAGGACAGCUGGUGCAUGGUGGCGCCUCAGGCACGGACCAGCUGCGUGGCCUUGGGCAAGUCACCUCACUUCUCUGGGCCUCAGUUUCCUCAUCUGUCAAAUGCGGUUAAUAACAGAACCUACCUCGAAGAGUUGUGAGGAUAAAAAGGGUUCAUCUGUGUCAAGUGGUUAGGACAGUGCCUGGCACAUAGUAGGUGUUCAAUAAAUGUUAGCCUUUGUUGCUGUUCUUA